GCUUUCGUCUCGUUACUAUCGGUGAAUUUUUCAUGCUAUGUUCAUUGUUCAUGUUGUAUCGCAAUUUCGGGAAGCUCCGCUCCUCGGGGAUGGAUGAACUGAUCUUAGUAUGGUUACUGAAACCUCGUGUUGUUGUUUUUUUUUGGAUCUGAAGCAGUUCUCUUAUCAUUAUUUGUUUCUAACGAAAAGUGGCGUUUCGCUAAAUGAUUGCUCUCUUUUCAGACAAUUACCCUUGAGGGUUUAGUGUUUCGACGUUCAUAUGGAGUCAGAAAACACAGUCAAGAAUUAUGAGCAAUGAUAAAACAGUUUCGCAAUUUUCUUUGCUGCCAGUGUCUGAACCUCGUGGAAAGCAAAAUGUAUUUUUCAAAGUUGAGCAUUGCUAUGCUGCCCGAGCAUACCAGACAAAGAGUUUUCAAAACUGAUGAGUUGAGUAGCCACGAACGCUUGAACUGGGAAAAAAGCGUCACUCAAGCUGCUUUAAAAACUUCAGGUUUGGAAAAUGAACCGGGUUCUACUGAAAGCGAUAUCGAGAAACCUUUCGCGGAGUUGUUUCUACCGCAAGUCCAUGGAAAGUCUAUUCUCGAGCAUUUUGAGUUCAUGGGUGAAAAUUUAAUCAGCUCAGUUGAAAGUCGGAUUAACCGGUGUCUUGCGCAGCAAUUUCACGGAACCCGGCCAGAUUCAUGGAGUGGUUCGACUGGAUGGACCUGUUAUGACAGAAAUACAUAUAGUGCUAAGAACCCCGGAAACGAAGAAUUUCUCAUCUUUGACGUUGAGGUUAAUGUUGCUACGUCGCAAUAUUAUCCAGUUAUGGCAACUGCAUACGCUCCGUUAACUCAGAGAUGGUAUUCUUGGAAUAGUCCGGCCUUAUGGCGUCACGAUAUCACAGACCAGUUCAAUCCUGAGAAAGUGUUUGACUUCCUUAUUCCAAUCCAGUCAUCCGACGACUCAAAGAAAAGCAAUGGCAGUCGGGGACCUGUAAUUGUGGGGCACAAUGUGGCUUUUGAUAGGCAGUAUAUCCAAAGCGAGUAUGCAGAUGCAGAGAGGUUUCUCUCAGAAGGAGUGACAAGUGAUAAAACAUAUCUGGACACCAUGGCAAUGCACCAGGCCGUGUGUGGUGUCACUCAGAUACAAAUGAACUUAAUCGCCAGUCGGAACAGUAUGAAUAAAACUGAAUCAACAACGAGGAAACCGAAAGCAGCAAAGACGGGAGGUUCACGAGAGAAUCAAAUGGGAGACAUGACUUUGAUCGACAAGUGGGAGUGGACAAAUAAAUGCAGUAAAGCCAACUUAGUUGAUGUCUACAGACUACACUGUGGUAAAUUUCCUCUGCAUUUGGGACAGAAAUCACAGCUGAGAAACAUUUUUGUUUCCGGAUCCUUGCAAGACAUCCGUGAUAAUUUUCAAACAUUGAUGAGUUACUGUGCCGAAGAUGUUUCGGCCACUUGGAAACUAUUUCGACAUUUGUAUCCUCAGUACAGAUAUCAUAACCCGCAUUCCGUCACAUUUGCUGGAUCUAUUCUUAUGGGAAACUCGCGACUCCCCGCGGAUAGUUUGUGGAAACAGUACAAGCAAGUGUGCAAUGAGGCUGCGGAUGAUAUGAUAAAUUGUUUGGAGGGAAAGUUAAAAGACGUGGCUCUCAUUGUGGCUUUUAACACUUCUGAGGAGAGCAAAAAGAACAUCUGGCUGAGACAACUGGAUUGGAGUCUGGUCGAUUUGACCUCGAAGAAAAACAAAGAAGCGUUAAUGCGUGCAUGCAAUGGCAGGAACGAAUGUCCUAGUUGGUUGUUGCCCUUGAUUGAUGCAGAAAAAGAGAGAGUCAGUCUCACUCUCAAAAUGCAUAUCACUCCUAUUUUGAUGCAAAUGAGAUAUAAAACAUGUCCCUUGUUCCACACCAGACAUUCGGGCUGGUGUUUCCUAAAAGAAGAGCUAAGUCCAGGUUCGAAAAGGCGUCCAGAUCUGGACGAGAAUUUGUCUGGUUACAAGACUGUGAAACUGUCGGAUGAUGACCUCUCAAGGUUGGGAAAUUCAGAAAAAGGACUAUUCAGGUGUCUCAAAAUGCCACACGCGUCAGGAAAAAGAAAUCAGAAUGUGGGAACUCCCUUUACUCACGACUAUAUUCACAUGGUGGAAAAUGGCACCUUGACAAGUGACACUCACCAAGAGUUUCUGAAGUUCUUCAUCGACACCGAAAAAGCCACUCGGUUCUGGACGAGCAACAGAUCUCGAAUAUGCAACGAGCAACUGCAUGUGAUUAUUCCGCCGAGUGGACAUGACGCAGGAAAAGGGAUCAACAAUUUGCGCCGAGGGUGGAUUCUUCCUAAAGUGUGUGUGCAUGGAACCCUGACUAGGCGAGCAACUGAGAAUACUUGGUUAGUUGCAACUAAUGCGCAAACCAACUGUGUCGGUGGAGAACUGAAAUCUAUGCUAAGAGCGCCCGAAGGCUUCAAGUUUGUGGGAGCGGAUGUGGAUGCGGAAGAGAUGUGGAUCGGAGCCUUGAUUGGGGACUCUUCAGGAGAUGUGAAGGACAUUGAGUUUGGACUCGGGGUUAAAGGUCACGGGGUUACUCCGCUUGGCUGGAUGGUGGUGGCAGGGGACAAAAAGUCAGGAACGGAUGUUCACUCCUUCACAGCAAAGCAGCUCAAUUUAGACCGGGAUGCAGCAAAGGUUGUCAAUUAUGGUAGAAUAUAUGGCGCUGGAAUGUCAUUCAUCAAACAGUUUCUGGAACAAAACGCCUCUAUGGAUCCCAAAACUGCUCUUCUAUCAGCCCGCCGGCUUCUGUCUGCGACUAAAGGAUCCGAGCGAAUCGUUCUAUCUCUAGAGGCUUCCUGCCUAUUACGUCUUAUCGUUGGCUUCAGAAUUGAUCAAACUGAAUCUAUUUGUCAGUCUCUAAACACGACAAUGCGAAGCUCAAACUUUUCAAGCGACAAACUGAAAGCAGUGUUGACUUCUGAGAAGUUUCGAAGGAUGAACUACAAGAUGAUUGGGCUCUUGUCGGGAGUUAACCUCACUUCGGCUCAAUUGGAACUGGAUGCUCAAGUGAUGUAUCUCUUCUCGAACUUAGUGAGUCAGAUGGCCCACAGUUGUGAUGUGCAGGUUCAACCUUGGACUGUCAGUCAAAUGCUGGCGGAACGCAAAAGGUAUACGGGAGGCACAGAGAGCGCCAUGUUUUCUAAACUGGAGCGAAUUGCCACGAGUGAGCAGCCACGCACUCCUUUCCUGGGCAGUCUAAUUACUCGGGCACUUCAACCGCCAAAUUGCGGGUCGGCAGAACUUCCCAGUCGAAUCAAUUGGGUAGUACAGAGCUCAGCUGUCGAUUUCCUACACUUGUUAUUAGUGGCGGUGGACUCGCUCAAGGCUCAGUAUUCGGUCAAGAUGAUGUUUACCUUGAGUAUACAUGACGAAGUGAGGUACUUAGUGGCAGAUGAAGAUGUCUACAGAGCAUGUUGGGUGCUUCAAAUAGCCCAUUUAUGGACUAGAGCCUUCUUUUCGGCGUCAGUCGGGAUUCACGACCUACCGGCCUCAGUCGCCUAUUUCUCGUCAAUAGACAUCGACUCGGUUUUAAGAAAGGAACCGACUAUUUUAGCUGUGACGAAGUCUAACCCUCUCGGGUUGGAAAAGGGUCAUGGAAUACCGCCUGGAGAAAGUGUGACGGCGAGAGAUCUUGUUGAAAACUUUAAUCUGCCUCUGCAAAACAUGACACAGACUUCGCGAACUGUUUAUUGAGCACAUGAAACUGGUUUCUUUUUGUUUUUUUUACACUAGCCAGCGUAGUGUAAUAGUACGACUAUUUCUUUUUUCCCAACCUAAUUCGCAAAUUUUGUUGAUUUUUUUGGUGGCACCUUU